GCAAUGCUCAUGGUAAUUUUUUUUUAUUCAAAGAAAAACACUAAUUACAAUAGUCCUUAUUUGCUUCUUUUAUUGAUGUGAUGAAAUAAAACAAAAGUACAAAAAAAUAAAUAAAAAAAACAAAGAAGCACCUGAGAGUUGUUCCUGUGAAGAUGAUGUAAGACCGUGACUUCAGGGGUAGUACUGAUGAGACAGUACUUACCUGCCCGAGGUGAUACCUGUGAUGUUACAACAAGGAAGUGGUGUGGGUCCAUGUCAACGGGUACCUUGCCUACAACAGGUAGAUCAUUUGCUCCUACCUUACAACUAUCACCGACUCAUCCCUCAACAUAUGCCAGUCUGCCUCUGUUUUCAUCACGUAGGACUAAAGCUGUACACAAGAUACCAGGAAUUUACUGUAACUUUUCAUCAAGGAGUUAUUAUGUCAUGGAAGUGAAUCUUUCUAAGUUGGUGUGGAAAUAAUGCUUGGUUUUCCGUGGAUGUUGUAAAGAUACCCAUACUUAAUUGGGACUGUGAAACAUACUGUGUGAAUCAUGAAAACAAUUCUUGGAUAAACUUGAAUGUUUGAAAUAUGGAAGCAGUCAGCUGUUUGGAGUCAGCAACCCUUGUUCUGGACAAUAGCAACAAUUAAAAAACAACCAGGAACAACAAGAGAAAAUAUUGCAGACUUUUAUCAGUGUUUGACCUUGUAGAGGUCUAACAAGAUGGGAUUUGGAAAUCAACUAUCUUUACUUCUGUGGAAAAACUUCACACUGAGAUGGCGUCAAAAGUAUCGUGUACUGGUGGAGGUGCUGGCCCCACUCAUCCUGGUCUUCGUACUGGUGGGAGUCCGUACACGCCCAGAUCUGAAGUGGAACCAUCCGGAAUGUCACUUUGAUGGGAAGUCCAUGCCGAGUGUUGGUAUCGUGCCCUUCCUCCAGUCGUUCUUCUGUACCUUCAAUAACACCUGCUAUGAGACGGUCACACCUAAUGAAAUGGCAGGAAACACCGCUGAUUACAAAGAUUCACUAAUGACAAAGCUGGUUGAAGAUGUCACUGAUGUCCUCAACAAUAAUAUGGAUCGGAAACUUAUCAUGGACCUUAUAGGAACCUGGGACAUCAUAACCUCCCUGUCUGCCAAGAUCCUCAACGGCUCCACCAGAGGUCAUGUCAAAGUAUUGAGUCUUUUUAAAAAUCCACGAGAGCUUGUUCAGGACAUUGUGAGCAACAACAUUACAUUGACAGAGGGCUCCUUAGUGAACCUCCUGAAUGCAUCAAUAGAUUUUAGUCAGUUUAAUCGUCCACACCUGAGUGAUGUUUUGCGAGACUUUGAGGUUUGUCCUAGGAUCGGUAAGUCUAUUGGACCCAAGAAAUCUGCGGAAGAGGUUCGUGAUUUUGUAUGCUCCUCCGAUUCCAUGUUAGAGUCGUUCAGGUUCAAGAACAUUGCUGCACGACGUACCGUUCAAGCUGAACUUUGUCGUAUUCCUGAAGCUCACCUGGUCAAGCUAUAUGAACUCUUCAAAAACAAAUACAGCAUCCAACAUUUCAUCUUUCAGGUUUUGAGGUUUGUCUUUAUGAAUACUGGAAAAAUACCUAAUGUCACUAAAAUCUACGGGAAGUUGAAAGAGCUGUUCAAAGAUGUGAAGGAUCUUGACUCAGCAGAUGCAGCCGCCUUUGAGAAGCCAAUUAAAGACCUUAUAGACUUUUUUUCAAAGAAAGGAAAACCUAGUCCUCAAGUGAUCAUGGAACAAAUGGGGAAGUUUGUUUGUGGCAGAAAUUCCUUCAUGCAAAUGCAGUCAACUAAGUCACUGGAUAUUUUAGAUCGAUUUAAUUCCUUCAAAAGGCCAGACAUUAAGGAUGACAAGAACAAAGGGAAGAAUGACUAUGGACCUAAUUCACCCGUGUGUAUGGAAUUAGUGGAGCUGAUGAAUGCCAAUGUAAAUACACAGAUCUUAUGGAAAAACCUGCGACCAGUUGUCCUGGGAAAGAUUCCCUACGCCCCGGACACCCCAGCUGUCAGGGAGAUCAUUAAGGGGGCCAACCAGACAUUUGCAGACCUGGCAAAGAUGGUGAAGCUGGCUGAGGACUGGGAGGAAUAUGCUGUGUAUCUGGAGAGAUAUCUCAAGACCAGUCCUACAAUGGAUAUGAUCAGGGCAUUUUCUACAUCUUGUUUGUGUGAUCUACUGGAGAGUAAGACAAUGAGUCUGAUCAAGUCGAAGGCCAACUCAGACAAAGUCUUAUCCAAAAGUGUGUGCCACUUCCUACAGACUUAUCUAAGUAAGGACCCCAAGGCCGAUGGCAACUUUGAUUGGGAGAGGACCCUUCACUACACUAAGAUAUUUGCCAGAGUGGUGGCUGAAUACGGCAAGUGUUUCCAGUUUAACAAGUUUGUAGGGUAUGCCUCUGAGGAGGAGCUGAUUGAGAACAGCCUUGACAUGAUUGAGGAGGACAGCUUUUGGGGAGCCCUGGUGUUUGAUGUAGAACCUGGUGCUGAUCAACUCCCGACUCAUCUUUCUUACAAAAUCAGGAUGGACACCACCAAAGUGGAUGACACCAAGCGAGUCACUGACAAAUAUUGGCGACCUGGCCCCCGAAGACGCGCAGGAACGGAGACAAAAUAUUUGACGUAUGGUUUUGCCUACCUACAGGACAUGGUGGACCAUGCUGUCAUCAAGUUACAGACUGGACGUGAUGAUGACACUGGUGUUAUACUCCAGCAGUUCCCCUAUCCCUGUUAUACGGAGGACUCGUUUAUGGAAGUGAUCUCCAAGACAUUGCCACUAUUUCUGAUCCUGGCCUGGGUCUUCCCCGUGGCUUUACUGUGUAAGAACAUCGUGUAUGAGAAGGAGAAACGUCUGAAGGAGAUGAUGAAGAUCAUGGGCCUGGGUAAUGGCGUCCAUUGGAUGGCCUGGUUCAUCAACGCCUUUGUCACUAUGUUUGUCACAAUCACUUUGCUGGUCGUUAUUUGUAAGUAUGGGAAGAUUAUACAGCACUCUGACCCUGUGAUACUCUUGCUGUUCUUCAUUUCCUUCUGUGUGGCGACAAUCAGCAUGGUGUUCAUGAUCAGUGUGUUCUUCUCCCAGGCCAACCUGGCUGCCUGUUCAGCAGGCUUCCUCUACUUCCUCAUGUACCAGCCCUACAGCUUUGCCAAACGCUGGGAAGACGUACUCAGUGGAGUACAUAAGAUGGCUUUUUGUUUCUCGUCCAAUGUGGCCUUUGGGUUUGGCUGUACCUACAUUGCACGGUUUGAGGAACAGAAUACAGGCGUACAGUGGAGUAACAUUGCCCAGAGUCCCCUUGUAGAUGAUGGCUUCAGUAUGCUUUACUGUAUUCUCAUGCUGUGGCUGGAUUCCAUCUUGUAUGGCCUCAUCACAUGGUACAUAGAGGCGGUCUUCCCAGGACAGUAUGGGAUCCCUCGACCAUUUUAUUUCUUCUGCUUGAAGUCGUAUUGGUGUGGUACAGGAAAUAAGGUCAAAGGUGAAAAUGAGGAAAGAGAAGAUAAUCCGUAUGAAGCUGAACCAGUCACAGGUACUAACAUGGAGGUUGAACCAACAAGCCGUAACCUUGGGGUGUCCAUUAGGAAUCUCAGGAAGGUGUAUGGGAAAAAGGUGGCUGUUGACGGCCUUAACAUCAACUUCUAUGAAGGCCAGAUCACAUCAUUUCUGGGACACAACGGUGCUGGUAAAACUACCACUAUGUCGAUUCUGACUGGCCUGUUUCCACCAACAAAUGGUAUGGCAUACGUCUACGGACAGGACAUCACUACACAGAUGGAGGAGAUCCGCUCUAGUCUGGGGCUCUGUCCCCAAUAUAAUGCUCUCUUCCCUUAUUUAACACUGAAAGAACAUCUAUGGUUCUAUGCACGGUUGAAGGGACUCACCAACGUUCAGGCCAUGGCUGAAACCAAACAGUUAAUACAAGAUAUCAAACUCCCUCACAAGAAACAUGCUUUGCCUAAAAUGCUCUCGGGUGGUAUGAAGAGGAAGCUCUCAGUUGCCAUAGCAUUUGUUGGAAAUGCCAAGACUGUGAUUCUGGAUGAGCCGACGGCUGGUGUUGAUCCAUACUCAAGACGUUCCAUCUGGGAACUCCUUCUCAAGUUCAAACAAGAUCGUACAAUCCUACUGUCGACUCACCACAUGGACGAAGCAGACGUCCUCGGAGACAGAAUAGCCAUCAUCUCACAGGGCAAGUUGUGCUGCUGUGGCUCCAGCCUCUUCCUGAAAUCUCGCUAUGGUAACGGUUACUACAUGACAAUGGUUCGAGAGGGAGCUGAGGAGAUAGACGAGGACAAUGAUGAGUAUGAGAUGAUAUAUGAAAAUGCCCUGCCAAUAUUGAAGCCAAAGCGAAGAGAGGCUCGUUUAGAUGUGGAUGAAGGAUUUGCAGAAAGGUCAAAUGAUAAUGAUAUCUCCUUCCUGAUGCCUACUCCCCCGCCUGAUGGUGACCUUAAACCAGCAUUUUCUGAGAAGCGACUGACAGCCUUUAUAAAAAAAUUUGUAAUGGAGGCUAAGCUUGUGGAGAGCAACAAGUCUGAGCUGACGUACCAGCUACCUGAAUACGGCACCCAGACAGGCGAGUUUGUGUUCAUGUUUGAGGAACUGGAACGCUGCCAUAAGGAAAUGGGGAUUUCCAGCUUUGGGAUUUCUGACACAAGUCUGGAAGAAGUGUUCCUGAAAGUGGCAGAAACUGUUAAUGAGACAGACCAACAGGUUGUCAAAAGCCCGACUGAUGAGGUAAAGAGGAAGAGGCUGGAGGAGGUUUCUGAUGGUGGACGAGUACCUAGACCUGUCACUCAAAUGAGUUUCCGUAGAAACAAGCGUCAAUCCUUCCUUAGGGUGACACCAAGACAACAAUUACAGGAGAUACAGGAACAGCAGGUUCAGGAACAGAUGGAGAACUCUUCAGAAGGGAGGGAGGAAGUGGUGUACCUUGAGCCUAUGACAGUCAUCAAGAGAGAGGUUGGAUUUAACCAUAAGGAACAGGUGAAGUUAGAAGGAAAGCGUCUAAUGUGGCACCAAUUCCUGGCUGUCUUCAUCAGGAGGUUCCACCAUUUCAAACGCAGCAAGAAAGGAUUCGUCUGUGAGCUUGUGAUGCCAGCUUUCUUCGUUCUGCUGGCUAUGGUGUUUGCCGAGAUUGAUCCCCCACUCACAGACUCCCCACCCUUGGAGCUUCACCCUUGGAAACUGUUACCUCCCAGGGGAAAUUCACGUCUUAAUAUAUUUUACAGUAAUGAUGCUAAAGGAACCAAGUUUACAGAAGAGUCCGUGAAGACGUUGUUGUCCAAGUAUGGAGUGGGAAACCGAUGUCUUAAUCCAGAUGUCUACACUAUAGAUGGUUUUCCGUGCGAGGAGUUGAACACUAAUUCUAUAUGGACAGAAGCAGAAAACUGGAAUCAGGCAGAUAAUAUCACCUGUUCCUGUUCUACAGGGGUACAGCAGUGUCCAGCAGGUGCGGGAGGACCAGUACCAAAGAGACGCCUACUGCCAACAUCAGACUUCCUAUACGAUCUGACGGACAGGAAUAUCACUGACUGGCUAGUGAAAACAGUGAGGAGUUACCGUAAACGCAGGUAUGGUGGUCUGUCAUUUGGAAUGAAGUCUAAGUGGGCCCAGUUCAACACAGACCAUAUCAAACAGAUCAUCAACACCCUGAGAGAGGCCAGCACAGAGUCCAACAGGAGCUUUCGGAAUGUCCUUGGGGGUAUCAACGCCAUCAUGGGCCGUGUGGCUGUACACAACAUCUCCAAGGUGUGGUAUAACAACAAAGGUUGGCCAGCAGUGGUCAUCUACAUGAACGUAAUGAACAACAUAAUCCUACGGAGCAAGCUUCAGUCUCACCAGGAUCCCAACAACUAUGGCAUCUCUACCACAAACCACCCGAUGAAUCUCACCAUGAAACAGUCACGUGAUGGUGCCUCAGCCACCAGUAAGACUGAUAUCAUCAUUUCCACCUGUGUAAUCUUUGCAAUGUCCUUCAUACCAGCAAGCUUUGUAAUGAUUCUGAUCGAGGAGCGAAUAUUGGAUUCCAAACAUUUACAAUUUGUAAGCGGUAUCCACCCCACUAUCUACUGGAUAGGAAACUUCACCUGGGACAUGCUGAAUUACCUUGUAUCAGCUGCCCUGAGUAUAUGUAUAUUUGUGGCAUUUCAACGAGAAGCCUAUGUCAGUAAAACUAACUUUCCGGCACUUUUACUUCUACUGGUGAUGUAUGGUUGGGCGAUGAUUCCUGUAAUGUACCCGUUUUCUCGCCUGUUCCGGGUGCCCAGUACUGCUAUGGUAACGCUCAAGUCUGUCAACAUCUUCCUAGGUACCACCUCCACACUGGCCACAUUUAUCCUAGAGUUCCUGGCUGACGAUGACCCAACCCUGGGAGAAGUAAACGACAUCCUGAAGCAAGUGUUGCUGGUCCUACCCCAGUUCUGUCUAGGUCAGGGUCUGCUGGAACUCUCACGGUCACAAGUCUACACCACAGCAUUCAAAAAGUUUGAUCUAGACGGCAUUGUAAACCCCCUAAAAUGGGGACAGGUUGGCAAGAACCUCUUUUCCAUGUUUCUGUGUGGCCUUACCUUUUUCCUGCUAAACCUCCUCAUAGAACACAACUUCUUCAUUCAUAAAAAGGUGGGUGCGACUCCUGAAGAGGAGGUGGAGGAUGAAGAUCAGGAUGUGGCCCGGGAGAGGGCUCGUGUCCUAUCGGAAGAUGGGGAAAAUGACAUUAUUCGGAUAGACAACCUCACCAAGGUGUACAAGGUGCCGGGAGGAAAAGGGCGCCAUGUUGCUGUAGACAGACUAUGUUUGGGUGUUCCAAAGGGUCAGUGCUUUGGACUACUGGGUGUUAAUGGAGCAGGAAAAACGACAACCUUUAAAAUGUUGACAGGCUACCUAGGAAUGACACAUGGGAAUGCAUACAUCAAUGGAUUCAGUAUUGUAACAGCAGUGAAGGAGGUUCGGCGCAGCAUUGGGUACUGUCCUCAGUUUGAUGCCUUUGACCCGCUGAUGACUGCCAGGGAGGUUCUCUGUUUCUUUGCCAGGAUAAAAGGGAUCCCUUCAUCAGAUAUCAAAGACGUUGUAGACUGGGCCAUUACUAAGUUGGGACUGACACAGUAUGCUGACAAACCGUCUGGAACCUACUCUGGAGGAAACCGUCGCAAACUCUCUACCGCCAUUGCUCUUAUAGGCAAUCCUUCUGUUAUAUUUCUGGACGAGCCCACAGCAGGCAUGGACCCAGUAGCUAGACGAUUUCUGUGGAACUGUAUCAACAAUAUUGUCAAAGAUGGCCGCUCUGUCAUCCUUACUUCUCACAGUAUGGAGGAGUGUGAAGCUCUGUGUAGCAGACUGGCAAUUAUGGUGAAUGGACGGUUCAGAGGCAUUGGUAGCAUACAGCAUCUCAAAACAAGGUUUGGAGAUGGAUAUAUUGUGGUGGUGCGGAUAGCAGGCGACCAGCCUGAUCUGGAUGUUGUAGAUGUCUUUAUCCAAGAGACUUUUCCAUCUGCCAACCUCCGUGAAAGACAUCAUAACAUGCUUCAAUACCAGCUGGGGUCUGAUGUACCUCUGUCUCACAUCUUCUCCGAGAUAGAGGCUGUCAAGGAAGGGUUCAACAUAGAGGACUACUCCGUCUCACAAACUACGUUAGACCAGGUUUUCAUUAAUUUUGCCAAAAUGCAGACCGAUUCUUUGGACAGUGACGCAACUGCUGUAGAAGCAGAGGACAUCACAGAUGGAUUACCACAUGACAAUGUAAGUCUUAGAACAAGUAUGACAACCCUUAAUACAGACAGGAGGACAAGUUCUUCAACACUCGGGGAUUCUGGUGGUGCGGAGAGAGUGGGUGAUGGUUACUCCACUAUACGGGCCAUUCCACCUAGGGACAGAACCAACAGUGAAGGGUACACAACCAUUAGAGAGAUAAGUCAGGUUAAAUAUUCACAACCCAAACCCCGACUCAAACGUAAACCCAGGGUCCUCGAGUCUCAUAAUGACGUAAAUGGGCAAGAUGGAUUUCAUAUAUAAAAAAUCUUAACCUGAAACUUAAAGGCUAUCGGUGGAAAACACAUUUUGCAUGUCACAGGAAGUGAGAUACAGUUGGUUACUUCUAAAUAAAUGUGAACAAUAAAGGCUAGAAAAUGUAUAAUCACUACCGGCGGUGUACAGGAUUAGAACGGAUAAUCUGGAGAACAGAAAUAGAAUGAAUUAUCUUGUGAUUGACACAGAAUGGAUUAUCUUGUGGUCGACAUAGAAUGAAUUAUCUUGUGAUUGACACAGAAUGGAUUAUCUUGUGAUGGACAUAGACUGAAUUGUCUUGUAAUGGACACAGAAUGGAUGAUCAUGUGAUCAACACAGAAUGGAUUGUCUUGUGAUGGACAUGAAUGGAUUAUCUUGUGAUUAACACAGAAUGGAUUAUUUUGUGAACACGAUGGGUUUCCCUGUGAUGGACACAGAAUGGAUUAUCUUGUGAACAGGAUUAAAAUGGAUUAUACAGUCUGUAAUGGAUCGGAGUGGAUUAUUUGGGAAUACAGGAUAAGAUUGAUGGAGUACAGGACUUCAGCAGCCCACUGUGAUGUAAAGGAUUGGAAUGAACUACUCUCCUGGUGUAUAGGUUGGAAAGAAUGGAAGUGUCCUGGAUUAUAAUAGAUUAUCUAGUGGUGGACAUGGUUUUAAUGGAUUACCACGACUCUAUUUUUGGGAUUGUGCAAUGAAGCUUUUGACAAUCCUAGUGAUUGUGUGUAUGUUACAAUGACUGACACAAGUCACAAUCGAUAAUGUGGCAGAUACUAACCCAUAAAUGUCAGUAAAUUCAAUAUUCACUGAUAUGGAACAGUAUUAUUUAAAGAUUGAAAAUGCUGAUUGUACAUAAAAUACUAUAUUGGCAGACUAUUUUUUGUGAUGAAGAUUGUCACCAAAAUAAAAUCAUAUGUAAAUUUGAUGUUAGUGCUUGUUCAGACACACAUGAACCUUAUUUUUUAAUAAAUAUUUUCAAAAAAAUCUUUGUUUGCUUUAUGAUGUCCUGUGUUCAGAUACACUAGCAACAUGAUGGUACAUCCAAUGAGGUCCUGUUCUAGUUAGUGCUUCUAGUUCUAAUUAAGGUUCAAAUUGUAUAAAUAUUCAUAUGUAGAACCUAAAUGUUACCUUGCUGAGGGCCAUUAAUAUUGUAGAGGAUAUCUAGCAGUGUAUUCAGUAAUAUUAAAUGUAUUUCACCUGUA